AUGUAUACUAGUCGCUACCGAGGUGUUCCGGAUUCCUUUCGGGAUACAAACCGGAACCGGGUAGAGCUGAACAUCCUUAAACUAGAUGAUGACGGUAACAGUGUGUACGACGAUGACCUUGACCCCAACAUUUGUAGGUGUUUCCCGCGCACCAGUCAGAAGACGAUCCCCUCUAUGUUAUAUGACCAUAUAAAAUGUCCACACGUGGAACACAGACAUAUCCAGCCUGCCCAACACUAUGUGUUUACCUACCCUUGGACAGCAAGCAGUGGCAACGGUCGUCAGAGGGCACACCGUGACUUUGAUCAGUACUCGGGACUUGGGGUUAUUGGGGAGGACGAUGACGACUGGGAAAACAAUGUUACGCGCACUGCCCCUCCUUUUGCCGUGCAUUCACCAAUUCGAGCAAGGAUGCCUUACAGUGCACCCAAUCCAACGGAAAAAAAUCCACAGGGCAAAUACAGACAGACCAUAGCAACUGACUUUCGCCAAUUUGGAUCAGCGCCAUCUUUGACUGCAUAUUCAGCCAAAAGACAAACGCCUGUGGCGAACAGGAAAUCGAAUAUUCAGCAUGCGGAACCCUCUACCCCUUUCCUAGACAAGAGAGAACGCGGAAUGCAGGAUAAACCUCGUCAUUUUCAGGGGCAUUAUAUGGAUCAAAAAGACGGUCGUGUUUACAAGUUUAAUGUAAAGUAUGGGAAAAGGGACAUACAAGCUACACGAGAACACGAUAACACUUACAGAUAA